AUGUCUGGUAAGCAGCAACGUGCGCGGCGACUGAACCCUUCGCGCACACCCACCCCCACCCCCAACUCUUCUUCCAAGUCCAACAGGAGCAGCAGCAGCAGCAGUAUGGCUCCGCGACGCCGGUCUGCGCGCACCACUCAGACCGCUCUCAAGAACCAGCAACUGACUCUCGACUUCACUUCAGACCCAGAACCCCGCCGCUCCGUCAGAGCGACAAAGGGCCAGCACAAGGCCCACGAACAGCUCGACCAGCUCGUCGAACCGCCAAAGAAGCGAACCGGCGGCUCCAAGAAGGGCAAGAAGGCUGCCCCCGAACCCGAAGAACCAGAGGAGGAGAUCAUCCGCUGCGUGUGCGGCGCCACCGAGCAAGAUGAGGACUCCGGCGAAGCCUGGAUCGCUUGCGACACCUGUACCGCCUGGCAACACAACAUCUGCAUGGGGGUGAGCCAGUUCGCCGAAGACAUACCUAAGAAUUAUUUCUGCGAACAGUGCAAGCCAGAGAACCACAAGGAGCUGUUGGCCAGCAUGGAGAGGGGCGAGAAGCUCUGGGAAACACGGCGCAAGAACUAUGAAGAGGAAAAGACCAAGAAGAAGAAGGGCACCAAGAAGGGCAAGAAGCGAACAAGUGACCUCAAGGAGGAAGCAUCGCGGACGCCACAGCAGUCACCGCCACCACCUCCUCCACCGGCACCCGAACCUAAGAAGGAAAAGGAAACCAAGACGUCGGGUCAGAAGCGGAAAACCGCCGACGGGGCUCAGGAGAAGGAGAACAAGAAGCUUCGCAAAGUCACCGAGACACAGUCUGUUCCGGUAUCUACACCGGCUUAUACCCCUCCUGCUGACCUCCCUUCCAAAGCCACCGAGCUGCCAGACAGUCGGCAGGGUGUGGCUAAGGCGCUCGUGAAGUCUCUUGUGCACUCGCUUGGCGCGGCAGAAAAGAAGGGUGUUGUUCCCUCCGAUGGGAUGCCUGUCAGUGAUCGUGCCGAAAGGUUUGCGCUCCAGAUCGAGCGCGCCGUCUACGAUACCCAUCCCACCCAGGACUCCUACCGCAACCAGGGCAGGACUCUUGUCCACAACCUCAAGUCCAACCUCGAACUGGGAUCCCGGCUGCUGGAAGGGACUCUGACACCGCCCAUGCUGGCUGCCAUGUCUACGGAAGAGCUGGCAUCCAAGGAGCUCCAGGAUCAGACAGCCGAGAUGAAGGCCCGGGCCGAGAAGCAAGCCAUCAAGAUCACCGAGGAUGUGCCCCGGAUACGGAGAACGCACAAGGGCGACGAGGUGAUUGGCGACGACAACUAUGCCAUGACCACGGAAGACAUCCCGUCAGCUCCCGUACGUCGACCUAGCGCCCCCAAGUCGGAACCUAGAGAGUCAUCGGAAGCGAGCCGUGCCAGGUCGGCAUCUCGAGGGUUGGCUGUCGACACGCAGCAGUCACCCAGUCGCGCCGACUUUGAUCUGAACAAGGUCUACUCCAGUGUCAAAUCGCCAGCCGUUUCUCAGCGCCCGGCUGCUCCCCUGGCUGCCGCGCCCGCAACCGGUCCCGGUGUGGACCCAGAUGUUGAUCGCAUGCUUGAUGAUGACGGGAGCCAGUCACCGCCAUAUUCGCCAAAAGAAGAGACGGAUCCGGAUGUGGCGUGGCGUGGGAAUCUGGUCAUGAACACCAUUGCCGAGUUCCAAGUCACCGCGAAGCACAUUGGCGGUGCGAACCCCGGAGAGAGCGUUGGUUUAACGUGGGAUAAGGUCAUCCCAAAGAACAUUACCGUCUGCGGGCGCAUAGAUGAGCAAGCAGCCAAUGUGUAUCUUUGCGGAAUGCGCUACAGCCAAGUCUCCGAGGUCAUCGUGGUGAACCUGGAGCCAACAUCCCCUCAAGGCAAGGCCGGCAUGCAGAAGCUUGUCGAGUAUUUUGUCAACAAGAAGAGAUAUGGUGUGGUGGACCGCAAGGGGCUGGCAAACGUCCGAGACAGCUAUCUCGUGCCCGUCCUACCCGGUGCAGGUGGCCACCCUGAGUUUAUGAUGAAUCUGGAGGACAACUUCAUCCCGCAGUUAAGAACCGAGCCGAUGUUGCUCGCCGUAUUCGUCUAUCGAUGGGAAGACGGCAAAGUACAACCAAAGGCCCCCCCAGUGCUGACGCAGGCCCCGGUUCGACACGACUACGCACAGUCUCCUGACACACCGACUCCCACAUCAGCAGGCUUCCCGCUGGCCAACCGCCAGUCCAGCACAGCGCCAGCCUACUCACCCACGGUGAAUUCAGGGGCAUUCCCGAACUAUCCGACUCCUCCCCGGAACAGCGCCACUCCCCUCCAGCAGCAGGUGGUGGCGCCUCCCCCACAGCCCCAAGAGCCAGCCCUGAGUCCGGAGCAGGCUCGCAGGGCGGAGUCACAGCGGCGAGGAGAGGCCGAAGCCCGGGAGGUACUUGGCCAGUACAUGAGAAGUCCGACGGUUGCGUUCCUUCUUCCUCAGGCCUUUGCCAUGACGCGCUCGGAGUGGGAACUCAUAAGGAGGGUAUACGAGCGUGAACCCAAAGCCAGAGAAGAUCUGCCGUACCUUAGUCAGGUUCUGGAACGAGAGGCUCCGGGGCCUCAAAGCCAGCCCUCAGGGCCUUCUCCACCGCCUCCACCGCCGUUGCAGCAACCACAGCAGCAGCCACAACAACCAAGGCCGCAACAGUUCCAGCCCCCUCUCCAGCAGCAUCAGCAGCAUCAGCAGCAACACUUUCACCCGCCCCCGCAGCAGCAACGCCAGCCUCCGUAUUCACAUCUGCAGCAAGUUCAGCCGCCUCAGCAGCAUCAGCAGCAUCAGCAGCACCAGCAGCAACAAGGAGCCCAGCGAUCCCCAACACAGCCACAUCACCCUCAGCUUCAGCCACAGCAGCAGCAGCAGCAGCAGCAGCAGUCACAGGCAGUCCCGGUCCGGCAGACGGCCGUGCCCCCUCCGCAGAUCCCACCUGCAGGGCACGCCGCGGGACCUGCGAGACAGACGCCCAUCCCACCCCCCCCCAUCCCGCCACAGGCAACCGCUACGACCACGGCGGGAUCGCAACCGUAG